AUUAUUGAUACUCAACAACGUCAACAACAAAGUAGGUACCUACCUAGUAAUAGUAUCUAAUGGGAAAAUCCCGCAGGAAAGAAAAGUAAGCAAGUUGAAAUUUACUAUUGAAUCAAAACCAUUUUUUUUAUUCAAUCAAGAUUCUACGUGAAGUAUUUACACAAUAAUGUGGAGUUCUGAUGCGCAGGCCAAUGAGGCCAUCUCGAGUGAUAAAACUUUCGGCAACAUGAAUUCAAUCAACCUCUACGCUAUCAGUGAAAUUCAAAAAGAAAUAGAUCCAAGUGACAUGAUUUCAUUGGUAUUUCUGCUGUACGAUGUUCCCGACACAGCUUUGCAGCGUCUCGUCAUAUACGAAAGAGUUUACAAAGAUAGUAUUGGAGGAAGUGUAUCAGAUUUACUCCAUCAAUGGGCCGUGCACACCCAGAGCAGAAGUACUUGGAAACAUGAAUUCCUUGAGGCAUUAGUGAUUUGCCAGCUGAAUCAAAUAAUAAGAAAGUUGGGUUUCAAUGUUGCAGAUAUCAAGAGAAACUUUGAGCUGAACAACAGUAAAACUUAUAUAAAUCCUAUGAAAAAGUUGUUAUACAAGCUGUGUGAACACAUAGAGUUGGAAAAUCUUACGAAAUUGAAAAACACUCUGCUAACAUAUAAUAUUAACACUAGUGAUUAUGAACACUGUGAAUUGAUAUUUUUAGAUCUAAUGUGUAAAAAGUUCAUUAAAUUUAAACAGUACAGCUAUGGAAAUAGAGUAACAUCUCAUGAAUAUAAUGUGGCAAAACUUGCAGAUAUCAUUGAAAACUUCAACGGGCUAGAGAAAUUAGCUCAAGAUCUCCGCACCUUGGAAGAUGCUAAUGUUAAACAUAAUGUACUUGAAAAACCUAAUAUGACUCCUGUUGCAUCAUCUUCAAAAGUGAAUGAAGAAAUUAAUAAAAUAAAUGAUGAUGAUUUUAGUGAUUCCUUUGAUUUGUUUAACAAAUUAAUGGAAGAUGUUAAAAUUGACAGUUUGAAAUCUGAUAAAAAAAUACAAAAUAGAACCAUUUAUGACAUCAAAAAUCCCAACAAAGUUGGCAUCUGUUAUAUCAUAAAUCAGGAGCAUUUUUAUCCUUCAAAAUAUAGCAUUGAAAAUAAAUCUGAUAGUAAACAGCUACUACCUCGAAAAGGGUCCACAAAAGACAAAGAAAGAUUGAAAAGAACAAUGUCCGCAUUAAACUUUGAAGUAAUAAGUGAUGACAAUCUGGAUCAUAUUACUAUGAAAAAUAAAAUAGAAAGCAUUCUCAAAUAUAGAGUUCACCGUGACCAUAGUAUCUUCAUGCUUUGUAUUUUGUCUCAUGGAACGAGGGGUCAUAUUUAUGCUGCUGACUCUGUAAAAGUCAAAGUGGAAGCUAUUGAAAAUCUGCUGGAUUGUGAAGGGGCCAAACAUCUACAAGGCAUGCCAAAAGUGUUCAUAUACCAAGCAUGUCAAGUUGAUGAGCAGGUGCAGACACCUGAACUGAUGCCAGAUGCCCCAAAUUAUUAUAUAAAGAAAUCGGAUAUUCUUCUUUACUCUGCUACUGCACCAGGUUAUGAAGCAUAUAGACUAGAAAAAUAUGGCUCACUUUUUAUACAAAUAUUAUGUAAGGUCAUUGAAGAGAAUGCAGAUAAGGCACACUUGGAAGAUAUCUUCACAAGUGUUUCAUAUUAUGUGUAUAAAAUUUGCACUAAACUCCGUCGAGAUCAGUUACCCAAAAAAGAGACCACCCUGUUAAAAAACUUGCAUUUGACGAAGAAAAGUUGAUGAGAUUUAAAAAGUGUCAAUCAGAUGACAAAUUAAUUUUUUUACUCUUGUAAUUUUAAUACUUUCUUAGAUACCCAAGUGCUUUGUAUAUAAUUGUAUUAAAAAAAAAAAUGUGAAUUUUGUUUUUUAUAAUAAAACAACAAUUUAUGAAAUAUU